UAGAAGUACAGUAACUGUCCACACAGAGACGUUUUCCGCCAUUUUGUCCUCGUUCUGUCCCACCCGCAUGCGCGCGCAGUUGUGUACCUCCUCAUCCUCGCCAGAGUCACCGCGUGCCCGCGAAGCCUGCGACGCGAGGACUCCCCUGUAGACGAAACCGUUGGUAACAGGAAAAUGUCUACAUUGAGACAGUUGUGUUAAUAACCGACACAGCGCUCAAGAAAUCACGUCCUGAAUUUGUCAGAGAACAGAUGCUGUAAAUUGAUGUGAGAAAGAGUGUGUUGAAGAGCUUCUAAUUUGCAUCUGCCCAGGAGAACAACAGUUUCUACGGCUGCUGCUGAAAAUGGAUCAGUUCCUGUUUAGGAAAAUAACCUCCACCCCAAAACAAGAUCAGUCUUCAGCAGAGGACACAGAUGAAGGGUUAGGAACAGACGGUCAGUCAACAGCAGAUAAUUCUUUUUUUCUGAACCUGGAUGAGACCCGUGAACACCAAGUAAGUGAUUCGUCUGGCGUUGAAACCUCCAGCAGCGAUGCAGAUAUGGUUCCUUCUGAGCAAUCAAUGUAUUUCUCUGCUCUCAAUUCGAGGAUCGAAGAGAUAGGGAAAAAAGCUCAGGACUUGAUUGAAAAGCUCAACGAGAGCCGGAAAGAAAACGAUGAGUUAAUGAACAAUUUCCAAGACAAGAUUAUGAUGAAGGUAGAAAGCCUAUGCCAGCAGAUGAAGGACCACAUGUGUGAGGUGUAUGAGGAGGACAACAUGCUGGUGGAGGAGAAGCUGCAGCAGCUGUCAGAGUCCCUACAGAGGAGCAGGCUGCUGAACAUGGAGCUCCAUGGAGCCAGCCAAUCUCUGAGGACCAUCAACAAGUGCUUAUGUUUCCCAACAGACCUUUGACAUUCUACCACUUAGAACUAUAGAAAACCUGUAAAACUUUAGAAGAAAGAAAAUGUCAAUUCUGGUCUCCCAAAUCAGAUGUGCAUUCAGAUUGGAAGGUUGCUCCCAGGGGUGUGCCAAACUAUGAUGUUCCCAGGUGUUUUCUUCAAAGUCCUGUUCUUAACAGGCAUCUUUCAGUGCAAAGGCAGGUUGCUUUUUGAGAUGUCAAACUGUGUGCUGUGUUUAAUUCAAAGCUUUUUUGACAGCUCCAAAACCAGGUAUGCUUCACAUCAAACUUAAAUUUCUGAAAAGUUUUUAAUUGAUAAUACAAAUGCGUUAUUCAUAUCAGUCAUCAGUGAGUACUUGGGAGUAGCACUGUGAUAUAAUGGCAGAAACAGAAUACAGCCGUAUUCUGAUACAUAACAAAACUGCAUACCUGAAUACUGCAGUAAUCGGCCAAUGAUAAACAAAAUAGGUUACAGCCAUUGUGUUUUGCAUUACUGGCUGUUAAUUAUCGGUGUGUUUUUGUUAGAAUUUCAAAGCUGCAGUAUAUAACUAGAUUUAGGAAAAGGAGAAGUUAUUGUGACAAAGAUGUUUAAAAACGUUUAAUUAUCCUUGACAAGUUAUAGACAUUUGAAGAUUGUAGAUACCUGUAACCUGCCUUGAAUUGGAAUAUAUCCGUAAGGUAAAAGACUAAAAGGAAAAUCUGUAUUUGGCACUACCUGUUGUUUUUAGUUUAGUCAGAAAGGGAUGUUGUGCUAAAGCUUGACAAGAUAAGUAUAUCUUUUGUAUAAUGUUUAAAAUGUUUUUUUUUCAUGAUUUCAAAAAUAGUCUCCUGUUUCCCAUGUUUUCAGCAUUCUUUAGAAGAGGUGUAUUAAUGCAAUCUCUGUAAAGAAACAUAUUUCCAUAUUUCAUUGAUGUAUUGUCUAAGUAUAUUCCAUAAUAGAGAUGCUGCAUUCUCCCCAAAACAACCUUUGUUUGCAGUGUUUUAGAACUAUUACUUUGAUUUUAUGAAAUUAUGAAUUAGUCUGCAGAACAACAGGAUUCUGUGAAUUCAUCGAGUGCUCACUGUCAUCAUAUUUGAACCUUUGGAAAAUUCUAGCAGUCUACAAUAACAAAAGGGAAAAAAUCUUUUAAAAAUAUAGGCCAUCAAUUUACUGGCUAUUUUCUCCUUUUGGUGGCUGUAGCGUAACUGCAGUACAAGUGAACAGAUGCUCACAUAUAAAAAAUAUAGACCUCUGGUAAUACUCAAUAAUAGUAAUUCUUAUAGUACUAGUAAUAGUUUAAAAUCCUUUCAAAACAAUAGAACCCUUUAUCAUAAAAAUAUAACUCGGCAAGAGUAAAAUGAUUUACUGGUAAAAAAUGCUUUUUAAGUUAAUUUAUGCAUUGGGUAAAUCCUAAUGAUAAAGUCGAAUACAGAUCAUUCAGUAAACUGGACCAAGGUUAUGAAGGAAGUAAGUCAAUUUCAUCUGCUGGACUAUGGACUUCCUGCUGGAUCCCAUGGAAGGCAGAAAGGGAUGAGGUGUCAGGGCAGCUCAACUCUAAGCAGGACAUUUUAUUUGUCCUGCAAACAGAAUACCAGUGCCUCUUCUCGCCAUCUUCUGCCCUACAGCUUAGUCUCUCUCUUGU